GCGCAAUGGGUAUGUGCGCAUACACUAUAAAGUACAUAUACUCUAUAUACAAGUUAUACGUCCUACGUUUAUAUUCGAUUUCUACUAACUUAGAAUUCUUCCCUUUAUACGAAUAGGUAAAGAAAAGCGCGACGCAGCACCAAUUACGUUUAAAUUAUCAAAAUACGUUUAAAAAUGACGGAACAAAGUGAUAGAAGCCAAUUGCCACCUGGUUGGGAGUGUAGAUACGAUUCUCGUAGUAGACGUCCAUAUUUUAUAGACCAUUUUAACCGUACAACAACAUGGGAAGAUCCAAGGAUACGAUAUUGGCAAUACUCUCAGUAUGUACAGACACAAAAUUCCAUAGCAUUGAGCUCUGCCACAACCAUUACUUCUCAAGAUAUACCUAUGCAGACUGGAGGAAUUGGUGGUGGUGGGCAUUUAGUUUAUACAGGAGCUCAUAAAGCUCCUCAAAUUUAUCCAACACCAUCGCCUUUUCAUAAUCCUCAACUUGCAUUUUUGCCACCCAGUUUACAGGAUUUAAAAACUCCAAUGUCUAUGAAAUCAAUGAGUGCCAUGACAAAUCGAUUUGGUGAAAUUACUUUGGGAUCACCAACACCAGUGAGAAAUAUGGAAACUACUUUAACACAAGAUUCUGAUUCUGAAUUGCAAGUUGCAAAAAUCAAUGCAAUGUUUCCUACAGUCUCUGAUACUCACAUACGACUGCUGUUAAAAAAAUACCAUAACAGAGCAGCUUUGGUUGUAAGCGCUCUCCAAGUGGAAAAGAAUCCUCUUUGCGCUCCAGGACCGUGUACACCUAUGGGAGUACACUCAAAAUAUGCAAUACCAAGAUGGAGGCUACCAGCUCAUGCUAUACAUGCAGCUUUAACAUUGAGUCCACCUCGUGGGGUUCGGCCAGCCCCUAACUCCCCAAAAAUGAAACUUAGGUACCUGAAAAAUGUAUUUCCUAAAGUUGAUGAAACAAUGUUACUUGACAUAUUGGAACAAAGUGAAAAUAAUGUUCAAAAAGCUUCUGAAAAAUUAAUUGAUUUAGGCUAUGAGAAACGAAAUCUUACUGCUCCUAAUAAAUCCUUAAAUAAAAAGAAAGAUAAAGAUCAAAAUCAAAAUGAACGAAUUGCUCCAACUCCACCUCCUCGUAUGAAAAGUUUGGAGGAGAAAAACAAAAUGAAAGCACGCUUGACGGAAAAAUAUAAAUCUGUACCAGAAAGAGUAAUAGUGCUUGCUAUGGACAGCGUAGAUUAUGAUGAAGAAAGAGCAAUACACAUAUUAGAUAUUAUGGUCGCAGAAGAAGCUACAAGGCCACUUUGUACUUCCAGUAGUCAAAGCAGUCGAAGUGAUGAGCGAAAGGAAAGUCCACCUGUAACAGAAGCUAUAAAACUAACAGCAUCACCAAUUAAAAAAGUAGUUAAGGAAAUUGAUCCUGAGAAAUCCAAGAGAUCUAAAAAUAAAAUAGAAAUACCAAAAGUUUCCCGUGGAACUAGUACCACUGAAGACAAUGAAUAUAAAUCUCCAUAUUUGUUAAAACCCAUUGGUCCAAAUCCUGAAUUGUCAAAAGGAGCUAAUAAUGAUUUAUUAUUGCCAGAUUAUGCACCAUGGUCAGGACCAGAUCCCAAUUUAUUAUCAAAAGAACAAUUUCCAAAGUCAGCAGCAAUGGGACAUGAUGCAGCAUUAGUAUCAGGAAGUUAUCUUGCUAAAGGUCCUAAUGCCGAGUUACGAAAAGGUCCGUUAAGAGGAUUAGCAGAAGGUUCCAUAUAUUCUCAGAGGAGUUUAGCUAAUACAGAAAGUCGUGGUAAAUGAAAUAUAUGUGAUUGUUUCUUUCUAAGUUUUUUUGCACUUGCAAAUUAACUUGAAAUAAUUUAUUUUCCAAAAAUUACUAUAAAUAAUUUUCUUAUGCUAUUUUUUUCCAAUUUAUAAUUAAUCUACAAAUUUUAAACUUUCAUAUUUCUGUUUUUAUCAUCUUUUAACAAAUAAUUAUACCUAUAUUUAUUUCUCAUCAAAUAUAUACAGCUAUCUCUCUCCAUCUAUUAAGAUGAUAUCAUAUAGCAUACUAAUGUUCACUAAAUUAAUAAUGAUAAGCAUACUUAUAAAAAUUCGAAAGUAUCCAAUAUAACUGAUUGAUUAAUAUUAGAUAUCUUCUCAAAUAUUUUUGUAAAGUGUAAAUCUUUUUUUCUUAG